AUGGAGCAUACGCAACAGAACGGCCACCCCGAUCACUUCUAUCCCGGUUGUGUGAACGUUUCGUUUGCCUACAUCGAGGGUGAAUCCCUCCUAAUGGCUCUCAAGGACAUUGCCCUCUCGUCUGGCAGCGCCUGCACGUCAGCAUCUCUCGAGCCCAGCUACGUGCUCCGAGCGUUGGGUAACAGCGAUGAGAGUGCGCACAGCAGCAUUCGCUUCGGUAUCGGCCGAUUUACCACAGAGGAGGAGAUUGAUUAUGUCCUUGACGCUGUGAGGAACCGCGUACAACAUCUCCGCGAUAUCAGCCCUCUUUGGGAGCUUGUCCAGGAGGGUAUCGAUCUCAACACCAUUCAAUGGAGCCAGCACUAG